AUCAGCGUUUACUACAAUGAGGCCACAGGUCAGAGUGGUGCUGGAAACAACUGGGCCAAAGGUCACUACACAGAAGGAGCAGAGCUAGUGGAGUCAGUAUUGAAUGUUGUUCGUAAGGAAGCAGAAAGCUGCGAGGCUUCCAGCUCACGCACUCUCUCGGUGGAGGCACUGGCUCCGGCAUGGGCACCCUCCUCAUCAGCAAGAUCUGUGAAGAAUAUCCCGACCGUGUCCGACACCGUGGUGGAGCCCUACAACGCCACGCUGUCCGUCCACCAGCUGGUUGAGAACACAAACGAGACCUACUGCAUUGACAAUGAAGCUCUCUACGACAUCUGCUUCUGCACCCUUAAGCUCACCACACCAACCUACGGCAACCUCAACCAUCUCGUCUCAGCCACCAUGAGCGGCGUCACCACCUGCCUCCGCUUCCCCGGCCAGCUCAACGCCGACCUUCGCAAACUGGCAGUCAACAUGGUGCCCUUCCCACGUCUCCACUUCAUCAUGCCCGGCUUUGCUCCACUCACCAGCCGAGGCAGCCAGCAGUACCGCUCGCUCUCCGUGCCCGAGCUCAUGCAGCAGAUGUUCGACGCCAAGAACAUGAUGGCCGCCUGCGACCCCCAUCACGGCCGCUACCUGACCGUGGCCGCUGUCUUCCGUGGACGCAUGUCCAUGAAGGAGGUGGACGAGCAGAUGCUGAACGUCCAGAACAAGAACAGCAGCUACUUCGUCGAGUGGAUCCCCAACAACGUCAAGACCGCCGUAUGCGACAUCCCACCCCGCAGGCUCAAAAUGGCAGCCACCUUCAUCGGCAACAGCACGGCCAUCCAGGAGCUCUUCAAGUGCAUUUCCAAGCAGUUCACCGCUAUGUUCAGGCGCAAGGCUUUCCUCCACUGGUACACCGGCGAGGGCAUGGACGAGUUCACAGAGGCUGAAAGCAACAUGAACGACCUGGUGUCUGAGUACCAGCAGUACCAGGAUGCCACCGCCGAAGAGGGCGAGUUCGAAGAGGAGGGUGAGGAGGAGGUCGCCUAAAUCGUGACCAUCUGCCAAAAUAGUAUUCCUUCCCCUCCAUCCUCCACAUUUCAUCCUUCUCACCACAGACCAGUGCUCUCCAGAACAAUGAAUGGGCUUUUACAUUCAGUAUCCAUCAAUGACAGUCAUCACCCCCACCAGUGACAUUUUGAGGAAUUGUGAACUUUUGGUUUGGUUUUGUGUUUCUGAAUGUUGUGAAUGCACGCCAUCAAAUCCCCCCUCACAUGCAAGUGAAACACAAAAGAUUUUAACUGUGAAGCCUUCGGAUUCAAGAACGAUGUAACUGUUGUCAGUGCCAUUCUGAAUGAAGGCUACUACAUCUGAAUUGCUUUGU